CGUAUCGAUGUUCUUGCGUCAAUUGAGCGUUUGUUUAUGUGUGUAGUGGGCGCUGCGGUCCGCGACGGCUGCGCAGCCUGCCCGCUAUCAUUCUUGUUGUGUUCUGUGUGUUGUAGAACAACACAGCCGGCGCCGCAUCUCGACAAUGUCCACGUAGUCUUCGGGCAAGUGGUGGGUGGAGCUGCAUUGGUGAAACAACUGGAGGCAUUACCCGUGGACAGGAACGCGCGCCCUCUGCAGGACGUCGCCGUCGCAAACUGCGGCCAGCUGGUCCGACUGAAGGCGGGAAAAAAGCGUAAAACCGACAAAGAGAAGGAGGCAGAAGAUAGCGAUGCUGAUUCUGAGAAAUCUCACAAGAAGGACAAAAAAAAGAAGAAGGACAAGAAGGAGAAGAAGAAGAAAAGGCAUCAAUCUGGUCAGUCUGAAGAGGAAGAAGAAGGAGAAAUACCCUCCCAUCCUUUAGUAACCACGUCCAAAAUAGACCCCAAGGAAAUACCAGAAGUUCCAACCAACAGAUUCCUCAUGAGAGGUGGGAGGGACCAGGACAGAGAUAGGCCCGACCCCAGGAGGGACAGAGAAAGGAUGCGGUAUCGCGAACGAGAGCGUCACUCUUACACGCGAAGUGGAAGGAUUAUCAAAGGGAGGGGAGUGUUUCGUUACCGCACGCCGUCGCGUUCGCGGUCGCGGUCACGCUCGCGGUCAGUGACACCGCCUCACUGGCGGCAGGCGCAGCGCCGCAUCAUCAAGCUGUCCGACAUCGAGCGUGUGGAGCAAGAGCGCUCCGAGAAGCAACAUCAAGCUGAAAUGAGGCAGAAACGGGCAGAGAAAUAUAAUAGAGACCAAGAGCCGGGAACUCCUGAACAGCCUAGAGAAAAGGAAGAAGGAGAAUGCGAUACCACAUUGGAGAGAUCUACACACGAGAAGAUAGAUUAUAACGCGCUGGACUUUGAGGAAGACGUAGAGCAUGAUGAAGACCCAGACGUGUCCCACAAACGUAGGCACUUCGAUAAGCCGGACAUGCGUCGUCGUGACAAUAGGGACGUAAGGGACCCCCGGGACUUUAGGAACAACCGGGAUAACCGGGACACUAGGGAUGUGCCUAUGAAGAACCCGGAAAGUCGAGCGGAUAUGCUCGCGCUAGCGUUGGGGGUCAACCCUAAACAUGACAAGGAAAUGGACAGGCCGGGUUUCUCACGAGAUUUCCGUGACAAUCGUGAUAAUCGUGAUAAUCGCGACAUGCGUCGAGGUGGGAUGUCGUCGAUUGUACAAGCGGCCCCUAAACUGUCUUCGGCGGUAGCACACGUCGCAGAAGCACCCUCGAAGCCUCCGGAAAUCAAGUCUACCAACGAAUACGACCCGUUCAGUUUGCUCAGAAGUACUUUCAAGAAGGAUAAACCUAAAGAAGUGAUAGACCAACGUGUGCACCUCGACAUCCGCCGGGAGAAAGAGAAACCCAAAGAGAAAGAGAGAGAGGACAAGAAAGAGAAAGAGCGCCAUAGGAACGAAAGAGACGAAAGGAAGCACGCAGAUAGAAGCGACAGAUACGACAAGGAGCGGAAAGUGUCCGAAAAAAGUGAUCGGUUCGAUAGAGAGCGCAAGUUUUCCGAAAAGAGUGACAAAGAUGAAGUUAGGAAGGACAAGGAUGAAAGCAGGAAGCAUGUUGAUAAAACUGAUAGGGAUCGUAAGUAUUCUGAGAAGAGUGAAAGGGACGGAAAAUCAGAUAGGAAGGAUAAGGAUGAUGACCGUGAACGUUCUAGAGAAAGAGAUCGAUAUAGGGAUAAGAGUGAGAAGCGUAGAGAUGAGAGGGAAAAGGAGAAGAAGAAGAGGCGGUCUUCCCGUUCUAGCAGCAGAGGCAGGUCUAGGACUCCGAAGAGGGACAGUAAGCGGUCCCCAUCCCGGGACAAGCGCGACAAGAGCAAGGACAAGUCCCCCAAAGACGAUGACAAGAAAAAGCAAGUGGUUGAUAAAUCAACGCGCGCUGGCAAGGCAUCUGGAUCUCUCAUUGAUGUAGUGUUUACCAAGGAGGAAGAGAGAAACGAAGCUAGAAAAGAGUUGAUGGAGAUUGUCCGUCUCAUCAAAUCGAGACAGCGAGACAGAGAGAGCAAAGCUGCAGUCAAAAAGAAGCGGUCGUCGUCGGCCAGCUCUUCGGACUCGGAGCGCGGGCGUAGACGUCGCCGCUCCAGCGACAGGAAGAGGAGCGAAAGCCCCAGACCGCGUCGCGGCAGUUCGGAACGUCGUCGACGCAGGCGCCAUUCGUCGUCAGACCGUUGAUUCGAGGAAACACAAUUCUAAGCGUAGAUAGCAUUAUUGACUCAGAUGAACCUUUUGCGCAAAGCACCCCCACUAAAGACCGCAUAAAACGACACCGGCUUGUGCCCAACUAUAUUUAGUAAUCCAUAAAAUCCGAAAUUGUGUCUGUCUGUAACCUCUUCACGCUUAAAACACUAAACCGAUUUAGAUGAAAGGACAUGGUAAACUUUUCUAUGAGCGACUGCCCUGGCAAUGUAUAAAUACUGUACUUAGUAAUAUUUAAUGGUGAAUGGCUGAUUAUUUAUAAUUUCUAUGAAAAAAGGCUCAGGAACUUUU